AUGCGCGCUGACACCACCUUUGUGUUGCUUGCACAGGCUCUCGCCGUCCAGAGCGUGCGGAUCGUCCAGUCCAAUGAUGAUGGUUGGGCAGAGCUUUAUGUUCGCUCCUUUAACGAUGCGCUGAGAGCCUCGGGUCACGAAGUCCUCCUCUCGGCACCUGCUGAGAAUAAGUCCGGCUCCAGUUCCCUCGACGUUGAGCCGAGCCCGCGCACUAGCGCUUGCCAAUACAACAGCUGCGCAGCCAACAGCGGACCGGUAGGCUUCAAUGAGACCCGGAAGGACCUCCGCUGGGUCAACUCGUACCCGGUAACCUCUAUGCGUUACGGUAUCGAGCAGUUUGCUCCAGAGCAAUUCAACGGUGCCGCCGUGGAACUCGCAGUCUCUGGCCCCAAUGUCGGCUCCAACCUCUGGCUCCAGGUCCCUUUCUCAGGCACUGUCGGUACCGCUGUCUACGCCUCGGGAACAAAGGGUAUCCCCGCUAUCGCCUUCUCCGGCUCCUCGGAUGGUACUCUCGCGUGGAACACGCUACCUGUGCCUGCGCGCAGUACAGUCUAUGCCGAGCUCGCGACGCGGCUGGUGGAUGAAAUUGUUAGCGGGGGCGCUCCGUACUUACCGGAGAAGACAUGGUUGAAUGUCAAUUUCCCCAAAGUUAGCGACACGGAGUGCAACGACCCGGACCAGUUCAAGUGGGUUCUAAGUCGGAUCAACCCGGGUCUGCUGUCGGGUCCGGACGUGAGCACGUGCGGCGACGACGCCAGGUUGCCCGAGGAGAACACGGUCGUCGGCACGGCGGGAUGCUACAUUUCAGUCAGCGUUGGUGAUUCAAAUGAUAAGACGACGGCGUCCAAGGAGAAGCAACAGCCCGUGCUGGAUCGGUUGUCAGGAUUCUUGUCUUGCUUGCCUUGA